AUGGACCAGGUCCUACCGGAAGCCCUUCAAGAAGUCGCGCCAGGCGCCGUUCCCGAAGUCCUUCCGGGCAUGCUUCCUACCGGCGAGGCCUUCAUGUCCCAACAGUCUCUUCCAUCUGCUCAAAAUCCUACGCCAGCAAGCAAUGAUGCUGUGCCAGUCAUUACGUCUGCCGCCGCCGCCGCCCCUGCCGUGGUCAAUGACGGCAUCAGUGCAGAUGAAAUUGCUCUGUAUGACCGCCAGAUUCGCCUCUGGGGCAUGCAGGCCCAGGAGAAAAUUAGAAGGGCCAACGUCCUCCUCAUCACCAUGAAGGCCCUGGGAAACGAAGUCGCCAAGAACCUCGUCCUCGCCGGCAUCGGCUCACUGACCAUCCUCGACGGCGACGUCGUCACCGAAUUCAAUCUGGGAUCCCAGUUCUUCCUCUCCGCCGAGGAGAACCACGUCGGCCAGAACCGCGCCGUCGCCGCCGCCCCCGCCGUCCAGAGGCUGAACCCGCGCGUGGCCGUCCACGCCGACCCGGACCGCGUCGAAGCCAAGGGCACCAGCUACUUCUCCUCCUUCGACCUCGUCAUCGCCACCGACCUCGACCCGGCCCCGCUCAACAUCAUCAACACCGCCACCCGGCUCCACCAGGAACCCUUCUACGCCGCCGGCACCCACGGCUUCUACGGCUUCAUCUUCGCCGACCUCAUCGAGCACGACUACGUCAUCGAGCGCGAGCUCAGCAACAUCGCCACCAAGAUCGGGCCCGAGUCGCGCACCCGCGCCGUCGUCGACGUCCAGACCAAGACCGAGCGCGCCGGCAAGACCGUCGAGUCCGUCACCAAGCGCGAGCUCUACUCCACCUGGUACCUCUCCUCCGAAGCCGCCCAGCUCCCGGACGACAUCGCCCGCAGCCCCCGCCGCCGCAAGGCCGUCCCGCCCGCCCUCUCCUGCCUCCGCGCCCUCUGGCAGUUCCAGUCCCUCCACGCCGGCCGCCUCCCCAGCCACACCAACGAGGACCUCGCCCUCUUCACCAAGCUCGCCACCGCCCAGCACGCCCAGCUCGGCCUCCCCUCCGAGACCCUCCGCUCCGAGUUCCUCCGCAGCUUCCUCCAGAACCUCGGCAGCGAGAUCGCCCCCGUCACCGCCCUCAUCGGCGGCCAGCUGGCCCAGGACGUCAUCAACGUCCUCGGCCAGACCCAACAGCCCAUCCAAAAUACGGUCAUAUUCGACGGCAACACCAUGGAGGCCGCCGUUUUCCCCUUGCAUCCCCCCGGUCCCCUGGGUAAGGAACUCUUUUCCGUCGCCAUGGGUAACGGCGCCAUGGUGGAUUCCGACGCCACUCCAAUCUGA